AUGCCUUCAUCUAACGCCUGCCAUUGGUCGUCAGAUGGAGCAUCCCGAGCUCAAUGGCGUGUGAAAGCCACAAGCAGGAAUCGCGUACACGAGGCCCAAAGUCUCGGAAGUUCAUCUGUCAGUGUCGAGCAGCAACACCAACUCCCUUGUCAACCUUCUUCCAAAAAAAAUCAUUUACUCCCUCUCUCAAAACUUUCUAAGCUUAUCUAUCUAUCUAUCUAUCUAUCUAUCUAUCUAUCUAUCUAUCUAUCUUCAAAUUCUUCAUAUAUAUCUAUCUAUCUAUCUCAGUCUGUUCAUAUCUAUCUAUCUAUCUUCAAAUUCUUCAUACAUAUCUAUCUAUCUUUGAAUUCUUCAUAUCUAUCUAUCUAUCUAUCUAUCUAUCUAUCUAUCUAUCUAUCUAUCCCAGUCUGUUCAUAUCUAUCUAUCUAUCUAUCUAUCUAUCUACAUAUUCUUCUUAUCUAUCUAUGCCAGUCUGUUCAUAUCUAUCUAUCUAUCUAUCUAUCUAUCUAUCUAUCUAUCUAUCUAUCCCAGUCUGUUCAUUAUCUAUCUAUCUAUCUUAUUUAUCAGAGGUCUACGGGCUCGGAUACCCCACAUUAA